AUGGUCGAAGAAAUCUCAUUAUCUUUAAAUGAGACAAAUAAAAUUAGGCAAAAGCUUGGAUUACCACUAAUUCCCGCUAAUGAAGAUACGAAUUCGAGGUCAGGCUUGGUUGGUUCCACUGAACUACAGACAACCUCUGACAAAUCCUAUAGUGCUAGAUAUGAAGAUGACUUCGAAAACUCUGCUACUAAAGCUAGCAAUAAUGCUCAAAAGGAUGUAAGAGAUUCAUUUGUUGACGACCGUGCUCUCCGCCUACGACAGCGCAUAAUGAACAGAAGAGGACGGCGUAUACUUUAUUCAUCAAGCGAAGAUUGGCUUGAAAACAUCCAUGAUAGCAAGGGAGAUGGGACAGGAGAGUCACAAUCUACACUGAGUGGUCCAUAUGAUGAAAGAAGUGAUGGUUCUUUAUUGAAGGUUGCACAUAAUGUUGAUUCGUUAUCUACCGGUAAGAACAUAAUCUUGACUUUGAAAGAAACUGCGAUUGACGAUGAGGAUGAAGAGGAUAUACUUGAAAAUGUGAACCUAAAGCACGAACAGGAAGACUUAAAGAACCUAAAGUUGAAACAAUUGAACAAGGAUCGCAAGCACAAGGCAGGUAUCCUUAAUAAAGCAGUACUUGAAGAACAAGACGAGGAAGAAGAGUCAUUCUACCUUUCUAAUCGCGAUAAUCUUUCUAAGAAGGAAUCAAAUGCUCAAGAUCCUAUUCUUAUAGGUAAACGUAAGGUCGAACUUGAAGAGCAAGAAGAGAUAUCCGAGGGGGAUUACAUGCCUGCUAAAAUCAAGAAGAGAAAAACGACUGGAAGGCGACAUGUAAGAACGCCUAGAGAACAGACCGCUCCAAUAGCUCCAGUUACACUUAUUGAUGAGGACGGGUUACUAGACUACGAUGAAGAUAGGUUUCAUGAACUGCUGACUAUUAGAAAGCAGACUAAAGAAAAAAAGGAGCUAUUAGAAAAAGAAUCAUUGGAAGAAAAACAAGAGAAGCAGCAUCGCGCUAAGUACAUUGACCGGUUGCAAAAAGGGAUAGUGUUAGAUGAAACAGAUACUUUUUUAGCCUCGUUAAAGACAGAUAUAAUAACUGCACAGACUGAUCUCGAUAUAAAGGAAGAAGAAACCAUGCCAGAUGCUGGCGAUUCAAUUGGACAUGGUAGUGGUAGUAGUUUUGAUAACGUCUCAACUACGAUUGCUGCUCCUCGCACUUCAAAUUUUUAUGACGGUAUUGCUAGUACUUUGGGUCUUCUAAAAGAUAAGAACCUCAUUCCAUCCGCGAAAUCGGCCAGCACUCGACAAGAGGCCAGGAAAAGAGAUCUGCUGAAGCUCGAACAAAAGAUUGCCGUGCGUGAGAUCAAAGAGAAACUAAAUCACGAAAUGAGUAGCUCGGGCAUCUCAAUUACCGAAGAUGUACAAGAGAAAGUUGAACAAUAUAUGGAGAACCAAAUAGCGAAAACUGCGAUGUCCAUCCAAAAAAAGCGGCUUGAAAAUUACAAUCCUGAAGUCGAACUAAAGUAUCAGGAUGAAAAGGGUAAUCAAUUAACUACCAAAGAAGCAUAUAAGAAGAUAUCACAGGCCUGGCACGGGACAAAAUCAAAUAAGAAAAAACGUGAGAGCCGGCAAAGGAAGAUAGAAGAACGCAAUCGCCAAAAUAAUCAAUUGCAUUUAGGUUUAUAG